AUUCAGUUGCUGAAAAAACAUUAUUUGGAGAGAAAAUACUUUUUUUUUUUUUUAAUUUUAAAUCUGUUUUUGAGAGAGAGGGAGUGCCUGUGCACACUGUGGGCGGUGGAGGAGAUGAGCAAGUGAUAGGCAGAGGACCUUCAUGAGCUCAGUGGACUACGGCCAGUGAGGGACAGAGAACCCAAAGGAGGCUCCAUGCUGUCAGUACAGAGCCUGACAUGGGGCUCGAACCCACAAUCUGAGACGUCACCACCUGAGCCGAAAUGGGAUGCUUAACUUACUGAGCUACCCCAGGGUCCUAAGCAGAAAUGUUUUAAGGGUUAAUAUUAUUAAGACUUGAAACUUUUCAAUAGAACAUCUGAGCUAGAGAUGAAAACCUUGACGCUGAUUAAUUUUUAACAUAAAAACUAGGUUUAAAAACCACUUGCAAAAGAUUGGAAACAAAUGUGCCAGGAGACAGCAGGAGGGCCUGGGCUGAGCUGGUGGGCAGCGCUUCUAGGUUGUGCUUUGCCACCAGAGUCCCACCCUCCAUCCAGCCCCAUGUGCUGAACACGGGCAGCUGCCACCACUGACGCCCCUUUCCAGAGACCGCACAGCACCCAGGCCUCUGGAAAGGUGGGUGAGUGGCAGCUGUGGUCAGUGUGGAAGGUGUCACUCCAGUCCUUGGGGACCCAGACUGCUUUGAGGUCUGCUGUCAAUCUGUGUGUUUCCUUAUGGGAGCCAGGACUGGCAGAGGAUGCAAGGGGGUGCUUAUAAAGGGGGUGCUUGUAGGCCCUCAUGGGGCUUCCAGGGCUCAGAGCUCAGUCAGGUAGGCCCUUGUAGAUGCAGGGAGGCCAGGAAAGCGAUUGGGCCAGAGCUCCAAAGGAGGGUGCUAAGUGUUGAUGGACAGCCAGCGUCACCUGCUGGUGCCGCUGACCAGUCCCAGGAUCUUGUCAGUCUGCCCUUCCUCCUCCUCCACCAUCUGAUGGCACACGCCUGCUCUCUGGCUGCCCUGUGGCCCCCUCAAGCCUUAGCAAUGGCUCCUACCCAAUGGUCCUAACCAAUGGCGGUCUUGCUUUUGCUGUCCUGUCGCAGACCUUGCAUGACUCCUGUGUGCCUAUGGCAAUGCUGUAGUUAGCUGAAUUCGAGUUAACUUGGGCUCCCCUGCCCUGGGCAUUAGAAGUUUCUAAGUCUAGGCCAGGAGUCUCCUGGCUUGUAGCUUAGAGCAGGGCAUGAGCGAGGGAGAGCGUGUAUGUGCACGUACAUACCGAUGCCUUUGAGCCCUCCCUUACUAAGGAUCUUGUGACUAUUUAAAGAGAUGCACAUACAACCAUAGAUGGGCGAGCAGAAGGCGUGGCUUCCGUUUCGCAAGAGUAAACGCAGCCAAUAAAUAGACCCGUGCCUGUACAUCCCGCGCUUCGCCCACCUGCUGGAAUUUGGUGAGAAGAACCACGAGGUGUCCAUGACAGCCCUGAGGCUCCUGCAGAGGAUGAAGAGGGACUGGAUGCACACUGGCCGGCGCCCCUCGGGCCUCUGCGGAGCAGCACUUCUGGUUGCAGCCAGGAUGCACGAUUUCCGGAGAACCGUCAAAGAGGUCAUCAGCGUGGUCAAGGUGUGCGAGUCCACGUUGCGGAAAAGGCUGACGGAGUUCGAAGACACCCCCACCAGUCAGCUGACCGUGGACGAGUUCAUGAAGAUCGACCUGGAGGAGGAGUGCGACCCCCCGUCGUACACAGCCGGGCAGCGGAAGCUGCGCCUGAAGCAGCUUGAGCAAGUCCUGUCCAAAAAACUGGAGGAAGUUGAAGGUGAGAUCUCCACCUACCAGGACGCGAUUGAGAACGAGCUGGAGAGCAGCCGGCCGAAGGCGAAGGGCGCCCUCGCCAACCUGACUCGAGACGGCUCCGUGGAGGACGCCUCGCCCGGCGUGUUUGGUGAGGAUGAUGCCGAGGACGAGGAGCUGGAAGCCGCCGCCAGCCACCUGAACAAGGACUUUUACCAGGAGAUCCUCGGCAGCGGCCUGUCCGGCAGCUCGGAGGUGGGCGGAGACCCUGAGGGGGGCACCAGGCCCCCUGCCCUGGAGUCCCUGCUCGGCCCCCUGCCCACCGCGGCCAGCCUGGGCAUCUCCGACUCCAUCCGAGAGUGCAUCUCCUCCCAGAGCCAGGACCCCACGGACGCCUGUGGGGACGGUGAGCUGGACCUCAGUGGCAUCGACGACCUGGAGAUUGACAGGUACAUCCUGAACGAGGCGGAGGCCCGCGUGAAGGCGGAGCUGUGGAUGCGGGAGAACGCGGAGUACCUGCGGGAGCAGAGGGAGAAAGAGGCAAGGAUAGCAAAGGAGAAGGAGCUUGGCAUCUACAAGGAGCACAAGCCCAAGAAGUCCUGUAAGCGCCGGGAGCCAAUCCAGGCCAGCACAGCCGGGGAGGCCAUCGAGAAGAUGCUGGAGCAGAAGAAAAUCUCAAGCAAGAUCAACUACAGCGUGCUCCGGGACCUCAACAGCAAGGGUGCGGGCGGCCUGCCCGAGGAGGACGCGAGGCCGGAGGAGCGGACCGGCACCCGGAAGCUGUCUCGGAGGAAAACGCCUGUCAGGAGGCACAGGGCCGACCCUGUGACCAGCGUGGGGAAGAGGUUGAGGCCCAUGGUGUCUGCGCAGCCGGCCAAGAAGGCGGCCAUCGGAGAGACCUUGCCCCAGAGCCCGCCCACCCUGGGAGCCGCGCCCGCCAGGCCUGCGGCGGUGCUGGUAGAGAGCGGGCCCGUGUCGUACCACCCCGAGGACGAGCCUGAUGAGGAGGAGCCUGACGAGGACGACGGGGAGCCCUGUGUCAGCGCCCUGCAGAUGCUGGGCGGCAGUGAUUACGGCUGCGACGGUGAGGACGACGACGGGUACUGAGCCGUGGCCCUGCCGCCUGCGGCGUCCGGCGGGGGAGCGCGGGCCGGCCCUCGCCACAGCCACUCAGCACCUCUGCGCACUCGCUGCCGGGACCACAUCUGGAGCGUCGCCGGAGCGUUUCUGCCCAGCAGGGGACUAGACCCCUGUCCAUGUGUCUGGUCCCGUGGAAGGAAACUGAGGCGCGAGGAGGCCCACUUUGCAGAGCAAGUGGAGGGCUGAGUGGGCUCUGCCCCUUGUGGAGCUGGGUGCCUGGCCCCUGCCUCCCAGGAGCUGAGAAGCAGCACCCGGACCCACCCCUGCGGGGCCAGGGCCGCUCUGUGCCUGCAGCUGCGUCUUCAGCCAGACCCCGGACCCAGGCCCACUCCUGGCCCCCAGCCAGCCGGCCAUGAACUGAGUCGGCCACAUGGCUGAGCAGACUAGGACGGUCGGCUCCAUGUCCCCAGGCUGCACAGCUGGCCUGGGUGGUGCCCCCACAGCCUCUGCGGCUGCUCGGGGUGUCGGGCUGGCCCUGCUGCACGGAGCUGAAGCCGGAGCCGCCUCUUGUCUGACCUGGGAUCUGGCUCCGUGUCCACGGAAGGCUGGCAGGCAGAAGGUCCGCAGGCCUGGCCACCCUGCUCCGAAUGGCUCCUGCUGCUCUCGGCCGCCCGAGGGCCAGGCUUCGUCACCAGAAGACCCAGCGACCACUUUCAGGGUUUCCGCUUGGGCGUCGCUGUUCUGGACGUGGCCGCCGAUGCAGGGCAGAUGCUUUUGCUGCUCCAAGCCCCAGGCCUGGCCACCCUGCCCCCCUCCAACGGCAGAGUGGGGCCCCACUGCCUUCUGAGGGCCCAGCCCUCCAUCUCCAGGGCUGGGCCAGGCCCCCUGUCCCAACGUAGCAGUUUGCAGGGGAGAGCUUUGAGGUCCUUGACUAGAAGGGUGUGUGCCCAGCAGCCAGCCUGGACCCUGGAGCCGGACAGGAGUGCGGGUUUAGUGUAACAGGAAGAUGGUCACGUCAGCAGAACCCGCUGAGGCCAUGGUCUGUGCUUCUGCGUCCAGGCCCGGGGCCUGCCCCAGAGGAGUGAGGCCCUGGUGGGCAUGGGGGGGAAUAUGCUGCAGGCAGGCUGGACUCAGGCCCGGCCCUGUGGUCAGGUGCACGAGGGGGACGUGGUUCAGGUUCAUUGGCAAUCCCCUUGUGCCCGAGUCUGUCCCUGGCAUGGGACAUCCUGGCCACGGCCCCUCAUGGGCCCGCAGGGCAGGGAGGCCUUGGCCACAGUGGCUCUGAGAGCAGCCCCAAGCGCUGGCUUUCUGGCUGAGUGGGGGUUCACUAUAUCAUUUGGGGAGCAGAGGGUGGGCCAGGCCUGGCCAGGACAACUGGCACCCAGGACUUCCCGGGUGGAGGUGUGGCAGUGGCCGUGGAGGGGACAGAAAGGCCCUCUGGGAGAGGGGACCACCUCCACCGAGCUCUGGCAGGACACGUCCCCCCGGAGGCUGGACAGGGGAGGUUUCCUUGGGGGAGGGGGUGCUCCGCCCCAGGGGGGAGUGGGGUUUCUGCGGACGUGUGCAGCGGGCGUGGGGGCUCUGAGGGAGGAGGCAGGUGCCCAGGCGGCCAGCGCGGCCAAGGCCGGGAGGCAAGUGCAGCUUGGUUCCCCGUCCACGUCUGGGGACAGAAGGAGGAGAGGCACACUCAGAGGAAGGGCUGGGGCUGUGGGGCAAGCGACUGUCCCCGUCCCCGGAGAGGAUGUGAGGAGGACAGUGAGACCCUGGCCGUGACCUGGGGCCUGGCAGCCAGCAGCCUCUGUGCUCUGUGUGCGGGGCACCCCUGCCACCAGGGUAGGCUUGCAGGGCACAUGUAGGCUUAUGUGCCCCUCUGCCCCACAUCGGGGCGCUCCGAGAAUGACCCACUCCAUCCACUGCUGGGCGUAGGUCUCUCCAGGGGGCCGCGGGGGGGUUGCAGCUGCUGGGACACGUGUCCCUGCUGGCUGGGUGGCGGCAAUCUGCACCCAGAAACCUUGGGGAGGUCUGGGUGCCUAGACCAGGGAGAGGCAGGGCCUUUCUCCCGCAUUUGAGGGUCAGGGCCACUGAGGUGCUGAUGGCCAGUGGGCAGUCAGACCCAGGCUGGGGUCAGGCCCCAAGGGGGUCUGUCUGGCAGUGGGCCUGCCUGGGGGGUUCCCCCCCCACCGUGUGCAGGUGCUGCAGCCAGGUCCCUGCACUGUGGACAGGCGGUGCCAGCUCCACCCUGAUCUCAGCUGAGACUGGAGGGGCACAGGAGCCUGCGUCACCUCUCAGGCUACCCAGUGUGACAGGGUGACAGCCACCCCCUUCCUGAGUGCUGGGGCCUGGCCAGCGACAGCAGGCAUCCUGAGAGGAGCAUGGGGAUCCCCUCUAGCUGUGUGCGGAGCUGGGGGGCUGUCAGGUGAGGGGGCACUGUGAGCACGCAGCACCUGUAGGACACGCUUGGGGGCCGGGCUCCUCCUGGGGGACUGGAAGCGGCAUGCAGGUGCGUCCCGCAGGCCCCAGCUGGGAACAAUGUGCCCAUUGGUUCCUGGCCCCCCAUGUCCAACUUCCCUUGGCCAGCACAUCCCCCGCAAGAGCAGUGCAGCCCAGUGAGUGAGAGCCAGCACUGGCCAGGAUGGGGCACCACACACUAGCAGGUGUGCAGGGACAUGCCUGUCCCCACACAGGCCUGCACAUGCACACGCAUGUCCUGGGUCACGGCCUCUGGAGCACUCUGGGGGCCCAGGGCAGGCGGCCUCCCCUGGUGGCUGUGGGCCUGCUGCUGCUCUUGCCGGUACUUCUCACAGGGCACCUGUGGCAGGGCCUGCCUUGUACCCAGUCCACAGCAAGGAAGGGGGACAGCCAAGUUCUGGGGCGUGUCUGAGGCACCUGCUGGUCCCCUGCCCACCCUGUGCUGUGUGACAUGGCACCAGUCCAUCCCUGAGCCAGAGUCGAACUACAGGGUAGCUUCCGGAUGGCUGCAGGGAGAUGGGCAGGCCACAGCAUGGGGGGGCAGGUCUGACCCCCCUCUCCCCAGGCAGGGGGGCCCCUCGGGGUUGCCCAGCAGGAGCCUCGACAGACCGGUCCCAGGCAUGGGGGCAGACAGUGGGGGGCCCUAGGGCAGAGAGGGAGGUGGCAUGAUGGGAGUACCCUCUGUAUCCACCUCCCAAGGGCUGUCCCCAGGGCAUGACAUCUAUGCAGUCCUUCUGAAAAGCCAUGCUCCAUUCCAGCCUCCCACACCCGCCCUGCUGCCCACUGUCACCUGUGAUGUUGUGGUGACACCAGCCUGUGUGUCCUCAGGCCUUGUGUGCCCUAGGCUCACAUAACCCAUCUCCCAGCUGCUCCCUGCCAGGUAGGUGCCUUCCUGCGGCCCCUAAGUGGGCAGCCAUGCUGAUGGCCUGAGGGCAGUGUGGGUCUCUGGAGGAGGGGCUGGGCAGCCCCCAGGGUGUCCUGCUGGGCCCCGUCACCCUCCGUCCCAGCCUCCCUGGACCAGGCCUCUCUGUCCACCUCCUCCCUCCAGCAUCCUGUCCGCCCACCCCUCUGUCCACCUCUGGGUGGCUGCAGCACGAGCAGGUGCAUCCUCCGCGGGCCCCUCAGCGGCUCUGUGGUGCCUUCCAGGCGGGUCCAGGGCUGCAGAUGUUCCAGUGGGGCAGACUCAGGGACUUGAACUGCAGGCCGCACACACAGCCAGCAGGGGGAUGAGGUCCCUCAGGCUGACCACGUCACUGUCUUCAAUCCUGUCCUGCCCCCUGGCAGUCGCUUGGGCGUCCAAGCCGGGCCUUGCCUGGCUUCACAGACGGGUUGUUAAACUGCGCGCCCCCUGCCCCAGCCUGGGAAUGCUACAUUCCCCGAAUAAUAAAGACUAGGAGCUUCGAA